AUGGCACAAGACCAUAUGAAGCUCAGUUCAGAAAUGAUUAGCCAUACCAUCAUAGAACUUGUCAACCGAGACGCCUCACUUAAGGUGAAGGUGAUCAUUGCCCAUAUUCUUGAAAAAUACAGAUACAUGAUAUCUUACAAGAAAGCAUGGAUCGCUAAGUGUAAGGCCAUAGAGUAUCUCUAUGGCAAUUGGGAAACAUCUUACAACGACCUGCCAUAG